UUUGAUAUCUUUAUUGAAUUAUCCGCCCAUCGUGUGUGAUCAAACCGCAGAUAGAACGCGCUUUAAGAAUAUACUAUUUUAAACGAAUUAAAUAAUGUAAUUGAGCAAUGUAUGUAGUAUAUAUCAGAAAAUAAGCAUAUCAAUCGAUGGAUAAUCUAUAGCUUUAUCACACUAUUACUCGAAAUUUUAAAAGCAUAAUCAUGUCGAAAAUAGAAUAUGUACAAUCAACUCAUGGUAAAACUCAUGUAUGUUAUGAAGGUUUUCGGUAUUAUUGUCACCGUAAAAAUGAUGAUGAUUGAAAGUAUUGGAAAUAUGUUAAAAAAUCUUGACGUGUUGGCUUAACAAUAAAACCAGAUGGUACAAUUAAGAUACGUGCUGAUCAUGGCCACUUGCCAAAUGAAGCUAACAAAAAAGUGUUGAUUAUACACCAAAAUUUAAAACGCAAAGUGGUUGAAUCAUCGGUACCAAUUGAUGCUAUCGUCGAUCAGACAUAUGCUGGUCUCCAGAAUUCAACCGUAUGCCAAGAUGUUGUAAUUCAGUUACCAUCUAUUGCAACAAUGAGAAAUAAUCUUCAAAAGGAACGUCGCAAAACAAGACCACCACUUCCCAAGAAUAUUACCGAGUUACCACAUCCAAUUCUAAUUAACUACCAAAAGAGUUUAAAUGGCGAACAAUUUGUACUUUAUGAUGGUUUAAUAAAUGGUCCACGAUGUGUUAUAUUUUCGACGCCGACUGAUAUGUUAUACUUAUCUCAAAGUGAAAUGUGGUACUGCGAUGUAUUACAUGAUUUUAUCAAAUUUAUUCUAUCCAUGGGUAUAAUGAUGAUGGUAUUAUGA